CUCUGCCGGAGAGCCAUGCAGCUGCCUCCCUUCGACAUGUGGAAGGACUACUUCAACCUGAGCCAGGUGGUGUUGGCGCUGAUCCAGAGUGGGGGGCAGAGGCCAGAGGCCCCAGGGACCGGGGAGCCGAGACCUGGGCCCCCGCUGGAGCAGGCUCAGGGUCCGGGAGGGCCCGGGGCCAGCGGAGGCCUGGCCACCUUGUGCAAUUUCUGCAAGCACAACGGGGAAUCGCGUCACGUCUACUCGUCACACCAGCUGAAGACCCCAGACGGCGUGGUGAUGUGCCCCAUCCUGCGGCAUUACGUGUGUCCCCUGUGCGGGGCCACCGGCGGCCAGGCACACACGCUCAAGUACUGCCCACUCAACGGUGGCCAGCAGUCCCUCUACCGCCGCAGCGGGCGCAACUCGGCCGGCCGCAAGGUCAAGCGCUGAGGACUGCGAGGUGCCCGCCC